CGCUCCUGUUUCCCAUAAUUCUGAGAAACAAACAGCAAUCUUUCAGUUGUGUUCAAUAUUAGGAAGUUAUAAAUAACUUAAUAACGUGUAUUAAAUAUAGUUGUUGAGGUCGUGUGCGUUUUUAUUUUUUGUUUAGGUGACAAAAUCAAUAUUAGUAUUGAGCUACGUCGUAAGGAUGUGUUCUCAUAUAGACCCAAGAGGAGCAUGUCACUGAUCCUGUUUGCCUUUGUGGUCCGGGUCAGGGAUGGGCUCCCUCUCUCUGCCUCCACUGACUUCCUGCAUAACAAGGAGCUUCAGGAGAGAAAGCAGCAACUGAAAGUCAUCUCAAAAUCUCUGAGCUUAUUACCAGAAAGAGCCAUCAUCAAGGGCCAUGAGCUUAACAUUUACUUCCUCUCAUCCGAGGGUGUGUCCUACAUGACAGUAUGUGCUUGCAGUCUCCCUGCUGCAAUGGCCUUCUGUUUCUUAGAAGAUUUGUGCUGGGAGUUCACAGCAUGCUUUGACAGCUCAACAGUGGCCCUGGCAAGCAGGCCGUACCCAUUUUUGGAGUUUGAUAGUACCAUUCAAAAACUUCAGCACCAUUAUAACCAAAAUCAAAGGCCAUCUCUGGAGAUUACUCUGGUUGAGGUGCAGGACGAGCUCAGCACCAGCCCUCCUCAGGUUCUUACCAUGGAGGAUGUGACGCUGGCCAAUGGAGUAGCCAAUGGACAUGUAGAACAAACAGCUACAUCAGGUCAAAAUCAAAGACUGGAACCGGUCUCACCGCCAGGAAUUCUCUCAUUGGUUCUUAACAUCAUGUGUGCUGCCCUCAACCUUAUACGUGGUGUCCACCUUAUUGAAUACACCUUCCAGGAUGAUUAUGAUAGUUUAUGGAAUGUUGUUGCAUUUCUUGUGGCAUUUGUAUGCUGCGUUUGCCAGUGUCAUCUCUACUUGUUUUACACCUGCCAGAAAAAGUUAAAAGCCAUCACUCUUCUGUUUCUCAUCAUUUUAUGCAACGCUUUUCUCUUCGAUCUGAGGAACGUCUGGCAGCUUCUCUUCCACAUGUCCGUGGCAUGCAUCUCCACUUUGCUCACCCUUAACCGCAAACUGCUGGACAGAAACAUGGACUGUGGGGUGUGAGAACUUUAGUGGGCAAUGUAGGGUAAGAUACUAUCAGCCCUAAAAGACCUAUUUAUAAAACAAAUGUAUGCACUUGCGCAGUGAAACAAACAGACAUUGAUCUUUUGUUUCAGCUUUUGCUUUAAUUUGACAUUGUGGUCAAGCGUUUCAGUUCUGUCACAUAUCUGUAUGUAGUGAGUGCAAUAGCUUUUUUACAGGGGUCUUAAAUUGAUUUCAUAGAUAUUAGUUUUGUUAUGGUGUAUUGUGAAUGUAAUAUGGAGGAAUUGAUGAACAGACCUGAAGAAAGGAUUAUGAGGUUGGUUUUGUUACGUUAAUUUUAUUUAUUUGUGCAAAAUAAGAAAACCUACCAAUGUCUAGGUUAAUUUAAACGAGUCUACCUUUCUAUGAUCCUCAUCCCAAAGACUAUAAAUAUAUCAGGUCAACAAUUUUCAUAUAAUAUACAGAAGAGAUACACCGAUAUAGCGGACGAUAAUUUGUAUUGGACGAUAAAAGCUAUUUUCACACUUUUUAUCUAUUGGCCGAUAGUUAUAAAACACCCGAUAGUCAUGGCCGAUAUCUCCUGUCAAUCAAAAGAGAACAAGAAAAUGCAAUGAAUUUGAGCUCUGUGUAUAGAAAAUUUAAAGAACAAUCACUAGUUUAAUGUUCAAUGUUAAUGGUCAUUAUAUGAACGAAUAACAUUCAGAAAUUGAAUCUUCAGAAUUUAGCUAAUAUAACCACUAAACUGUCGGUAUUCUUCUUUGUCAUCGUACAAUGAAGUCUGAAACUAUGAAAUUUGGGGAUCAUAAUCUAGAAUUUAGAUCAUCAGGUUUUGCACAAGAACAUGUGCAUGCUUUAUUGAAAUUUGCAUUCAUCAUUAAAGGUGGGGUGCACGAUCUCUGAAAGCCAAUGUUGACAUUUGAAAUCACCUAAACAAACACACCUACAGAAUCUGGACUUUCUUUUGAUAGACCUGCCCCACACAUACGCAACUCAGGCAACAAUGCCAGUAGUAGACACGCCCCUUGCUGCUGAUUGGCUACAAGUGUGUUUUGGUACUAGGUCCAAUUUCUUUUUUCAAAGCGAUUCUCAAAAAUUGUGCAUCCCGCCUUUAAUAUUUUUAGUCUUAUUGUUAUUCCAAUCAAUUUUAAUAAUAAAACUAAUUAGAAAAAUUAUGAUUUGAAAUCCUACUGUACCAUUUAUAAGUGAUUCCAGUACAGAACUAAGUUUACAUACUGUAUUAAUAUUUCAUUUCAUUUUCAUUUCUUGCACUAAAUUACUUACCACUAGACAUUUUGUUGAAUGUUAUUUUGCAGCAGACAGUAUUAUGAUUUGAUUGAGUAAAUGUUUACUUCAGGAUUGAAAAUAAUUUUUCGUCAUUCAUUUCGUCAAUAAUUUUUUUAUUUGUUUACUGUAAAUGUCACAAACUUGCUUUUAUUCACCAAACAAUUAAUAUGAAAUAUUUACUAGAGUAAACCAGAAAUACUUUAGAUUAUGCAAGUAAUACUAAGGUAUAGAUAUAUAUGUAUAACUCCUGAAAUAUUCAGAAUUUUUACAAGCUGUUAUUUAAUUAUGCUUAUUGCGAUAAUCGGGUCAAAUGUAAUUUAUACAGGUUGCAUGUAAAGUUUGUUAUUUAGGGUGACAUUGGUGAUGUGGUAAACUACAGUAUGCUCAUGUAAAUGCCUCAUGUCAAUGCCCUCAAUUAUUACAGCCAUCCAAACAGAGGGGUGAGAAUGUAUGUUUAAUGAAAAUCUCUUCCACUAAUAAUAUACUGACUGACAAUGGUGUAAUAAUAACCAAUAAGGGCUCUGUUUCUAUUGACUGAUUAUAAAUUGUGGUUUUGUAAUUUUAGAUUUUUACUGUAAUUGGCAUUUGGUUGAGGGUUGAUCAGAAAUUAUUGCCCUCAGCCUUAUAUAUAGAUACAUAUUUGCUCACUCCUCUCAUAUACAGAGCUCAGAGUUUGUUCAAACAUUAAAAUGUAUUUUUAUAAUAAUAGUUACUAUGAUGUUUGUAGAUACAGUAUGUGAGAAAAUGAGUGUUUACUUGUAAACAAGGUUGUAUGUAGAUAAUGUUCUUUUUACAUUUUUAAAACAUCUGUGUCAGUGAUUUAUAAUAUUGGUACUGCUGGUAUGGUGGUUAUUUUUUAAAACACACUUACAGUACACUUGACAUAAUUCUAUCCUUUAAACCAAUGUGUUACAUACACAUUUACAUUUGAUUUAGAUUAUCCAAAAAUAUCACUUUUUUUUGUUUACCCAAACUGUUUUUUAAUUGACAUUUAUGAGAGUAAUAUAAAAUAAUGUCUGAUGAUAUAAGAAUUGUUUGGUUGUAUUAAAAAAAAACAAUCUUGUGGGAGGAGCAAAGUUUGCUUUUUGUCUACAGAUUUGUAUAAACUUUGCUGACUUUACAUUUAAGAAACUGCACUCUAAAAUGUUUUGGAUUUUUUCAACCUGGCGUUAAGUCAAAAAGGGACAAUCCCAGCCCUUGGGUUAAAUUAACCCAGAAAAGUUCAUA